CCCGAUGCUGAGGUGCCUGGCUCGCGGGCGCAGGCCGGGGCUGGGCUGUCCGCGCGGUGGGCUGAGGGUCCUGAGGCAGCGCCUGUUCACCAUGAAGCUGCAGACCCCGGAGUUCCAGUCUCUCUUCACGGAAGGGCUGAAGAGCCUGGCAGAGUUGUUCGUCAAGGAGAAGCAUGAAUUAAGAAUAGCCGGAGGCGCCGUGAGGGAUCUGCUCAACGGCGUGAAGCCUCAGGACGUGGACUUCGCCACCACGGCCACCCCCGAGCAGAUGAAGGCGCUGCUGCAGGCCGCGGGCGUGCGCUUGAUCAACAACAAGGGCGAGAAGCACGGGACCAUCACGGCGCGGCUGCACGAGGAAAACUUCGAAAUCACCACGCUGCGCAUCGACGUGGCCACAGACGGCAGGCACGCGGAGGUGGCGUUCACGACCGACUGGCAGAAGGACGCGGAGCGCAGGGACCUCACCAUCAACUCCAUGUUCCUAGGCUUCGACGGCACCUUGUACGACUACUUCAACGGCCACGAGGACCUGAGGAACAAGAAGGUCAGGUUCGUCGGGCGCGCCAGACAGAGGAUAGAGGAGGAUUAUCUCCGCAUCCUGCGGUACUUCAGGUUUUAUGGGAGAAUCGUCGACAGACCUGGCGACCACGACCCCGAGACGCUGGAGGCAAUUGCAGAGAAUGCGAAAGGCUUGGCGGGAAUAUCCGGAGAGAGGAUCUGGGUGGAGCUGAAGAAGAUUCUCGUGGGUAACCACGUCAGUCAUUUGAUCCGCCUCAUCUACGACCUCGGCGUGGCUCCUCACAUAGGCCUGCCCGCCGGCGCAAGUCUGGAAGAAUUUGAGAGAGUCAGUAAAAAUGCUGAAGGUCUUUCACCGAAGCCAAUGACUCUCUUGGCCGCGCUGCUCAGCGUGCAGGAUGAUGUCACGAAGCUGGAUUUGAGGCUGAAGAUUUCAAAGGAGGAGAAGAACCUCGGCCUGUUCCUGGUGAAGCACCGGCGCGACCUGGUGAAAGCGCCCGACAGCCCGGAGCCGCUGAAACCCUAUCAGGACUUCAUCAUAGACUCCAGGGAGGCCGACGCGCCCGCCCGCGUGUGCGAGCUCCUGAAGUACCAGGGCGAGCACGGGCUGCUGAGGGACAUGCAGCGCUGGUCCGUCCCCCCGUUCCCCGUGAGCGGCCACGACAUCAGGAAGGCGGGCAUUUCUUCGGGCAAGGAAAUCGGGGCUCUCCUGCAGCAGUUGCGGGACCAGUGGAAAAAAAGCGGUUACCAGAUGGAGAAAGAGGAGCUGCUCAGCCACAUCAAGAAGCCCUGAGGGGGACGUGCUGCGGAGCCUUUCCCGCCCCAGCACCCCGGACUCUGGGCCAGUAGCUACUGUGGACUCGGACCAGAAUUUUGAAAAGCGCGUUUCUGUCGCAGCCCCUCAAAGAGCAAGCGGGCGGCCACUGUAACCGGCUUUGCUGUGCGGCGGGGGCCUCAGACGUGACCCCCCAGGUCAGUGAUUAAAUCCUUUAUCUGUGCGGAACAGUCCUGCAGCGUGAGGUGCGUGUUCUUCAGGGAUGAGCACAGCGGACACGGCGCAGCCAGCGUGCCCGCCCUUCCCUGCCCCUGCGCCCCGGGAAGGGCCUGCUCAGAGCGAGGGUGUCCUUGGCUGCAAGAGCCUGUGAGCUGUGAGUACAGGUUCUCUUCUGUGGCGCUUUCUGUUACUCCAGCCCCCGCAGAAUGACCUCCUCGCAGGUAGCGUGGAGCCUGCGUGCAGGCAGGACCAGCAGCUGCGCCCGGGGCCUGGGUCACAGGCUCCCGCCAAGGCCGGCACCCGGGCUGCUCUGGCUACUGUUGACACACGCGGGCAGGCAGAACCAUCGCGUUUGGCGCAAGAGGUCAGUGAAUGAAUUCAAAAGGAGAAAUUAGUUCAGUUAAUUUAAUUACACAAAUGUGACGGGCUCCAGAAACCUUUGAACGUGUAAGCAAAGAGGUAGGUGGCAAAUCUGUACUUUAAAAUGACUCCUUAGGCUAAGUUAUCUGCAGUGUGAGUAGGUAGUUUACAUCAUUUACACGAGAACAUUCUCACUUUACUUCGCGUGACAGCUGACACGCCCUCUGUACAGACGCGGCCCACAGCGCCCCGUGGCUCUCGGCAGCCAGACGCGGAGCGCACACGUCACCCACACACACGAGAACAUGAAAGGGCUAAUAAGAGAGUUUCAAAAUGUACAGCUCAGCGUCUGAGAAGCCAGGGCGCGGAGCCCUCGUGAGACAGCCGCCCGCCCCCGGGGAAGGACGCUGGUCCCCCCACGGCCCCCGGCUCCCAAGGGCUGGCGCAGGUGCCAGGGAGCCGCCUGGGCCGUCGGGUGUCUGCAGGAAGCCAGUCUGGCCCGUGUCCUCUUUGCUAGCUUAGCUUAACCGAGAAAGCGGAAGCGCCGUGCGCUGCUGCCCUCAGAGUUCCCGACGCGCCGAAGCAGGCCCCCCCCCUCCCCCGACGCGGGGCUGAUGGCAGAGCCCCGACUUUCAGUGCCUUCGCCCUACCCGUUUACAAGCAAAGGAUGACUUUGUCCGGGCACAGUUCAUCUUGCUCAUCUUCGCCUGGGAUUGUGGGUAACAGAGCUGAUCGCGUCAACCCCCAAAAUUUUUGAGGCGACAUGUCCUUUUUGGUGGCUGUAAAUUUCCAUCCAAUGUGGUUUGCACAGCUCCGGCACUGGGCCACGGUCCACGCGUACCUGCGAGGCGAGGAGGCGGCAGCAGAGGGACGUGCACUAGAAAAAAGCAAGGACAUUAGUGGCAAGAUGUACAGGCAUCCGUAAUGACGCAUCACGCCUCCCUCAGGCAUCACUCUGCGUGCUUUCUUCCCAACCCGUCAGCCGGCCACGGUGACCCCGUGUAGGUGCUCGAGGGUCUCUACUGAGUCUGACACGGCUCAGUGGACACGAGCACUCAGCUGAGGGGUGCAAAGCAACACACCGCCUGUGUGACCCCCAACGAGAUUUUUAGGUCUUUUUCGCAUGACCUGCAGACACAAGCGGUUCCUAUCCAGCGACGGAGCCGGGAGCCUGCUCCGCAGAGCGUGCCCGCACCCCAGCCCGGGCGUGUCGUCCCUCACCUUGUUCAUGAUGUCCAGCUCACAGCGCAGCCGCUGGAUGGCGCUUCCGAUUUUCAGCAGCUGAAUCCUUAGCACGUCAUCGAUAGGAAGAAAAGCAGCUACUCUGUAAGAAAAAUCUUAAAGACAUGGCGGGUUUGGGACUUAAGAGCCAGGUAAUGCAUCCUCCCCGGCCCCGAGAACGCGCCCCACGCCAGGGCCAACACUCAGACCCGGCCGGCAGGGCACGCCCUGCUACCCUGUGGCUUCUGUGCGUGAUUUGUGGAGGCGCCUCUUAACCUAAACGUGCCGUGACCCCACGCGGGAACAGUCCCGCCCUGUGCUGAGUCUGAAAGCUGCUAAACUCUACCUGCUAAGCUGGGAGUUUGGUUAAGGAAGGAAAUAAGGGCUGCAAUUGGGGGUCACUUUUAAAGGUAGCUUAACAGGGAAAAAGUCUGCACUUACUGUUUGCCGGACAGCCUUGCGUUACAAUUGGAACUUCUCGUAAAACCUUAUUUAAAAGUGGAAUAUUUUGGGCCUCCCUGGUGGUGCAAGGGAUUAAGAUGCAACUUAUGAGGCAGCCCGCAGCCUCUACAGCACCGGUUCGAUCCCCAGCUGGCCAGGGAGCAACCCACAGGGCGCAGCAGACCUCUCCUGUCUCUCCACUGCUCCCCUCAGCAGUGGCUUUCAGUGGAUCCACCUGUUCUGCUCCCCACUCUGUCUCUGGGGAGUCCUCUCACCCUCACACCUCUGGCAUGUACCCCAGUUCUUGUAUGCAUAAAUAAAUCUUAAAGAAAAUAAAUAAAAUUGGAAUAUUUUACAAUUACAUACCGUUCUUGUUUUUUUUUUAAAUCCUAAAAGUCAAAGCUUUCAGAACCAUUAGUUCAGAGCAUGAAACGUCCGGUUCCAUUACACAGAAAACAAAGCAACCCUCUUAGUGCCACGCCGCAGACCACGGGAAGGAAACAGAGUUUUCGUACCUACUGGGUUUGAAGGAAGAGAAUCGUCUUUCAGAUUUUCAUCCCACUCACGCAGCUGUUUCUUGAUUCUGUCCAUUAAAGUCUCCUGGUUGAAAGCACAAGCAGCCAUGAUAAAGCGCAGACAUUUUUCAGUUACUCUCACUUUUAACACUGUGAACACCCAAGUGCAGCUUGCUUUGCCCCCGCCUGCCUCCAGCGGUAACGGCCCAGGGCUCCCCAGCACCGGGUGGCACCGUGGUGCCCAGCCUGGCUCUCCUG